GGCUGAAGGGCAGCGGCGGCGAUGGGCGCUGCGGGCUGAUUGGUAAAGAUGGAAAGAGGGAGAGGAGGAGGAGGAGGAAGGAACCUGGGAGGCUCUGGCCUGCACAGGAGCAUUUAUUCCCAGUCCCAGCAGCAGUACCACUACCCUGCCUCCUCCCAGGGGAGCUGCAUGGAGAUCCAGGAGCUGGCCUCCAAGAGGGUGGACAUCCAGAAGAAGCGGUUUUACCUGGAUGUGAAACAGAGCUCCCGCGGCCGCUUCCUGAAGAUCGCCGAGGUCUGGAUAGGAAGAGGACGGCAGGACAACAUCAGGAAAAGCAAGCUGACCCUCUCCCUGUCCGUGGCUGCUGAGCUGAAGGACUGCCUGGGGGACUUCAUCGAGCACUACGCCCACCUGGGCCUGAAGAGCGGCCACCGGGUGCACGAGCACAGCAAUGACAAGGAGCAGCAUCCCCGGAGGCGGCAGCAGCACCCACCGCCCUCGCCCCCCGUGUCCGUGGGCUCCGAAGAGCCCCCUCACAGCGUCCUCAAAACGGAGUACAUCGAGAGGGACAACAGGAAGUACUACCUGGACCUGAAGGAGAACCAGCGCGGGCGCUUCUUGCGGAUUAGGCAAACCAUGAGCAGGGGACCUGGCAUGAUGGGCUACUUUGGCCACAGCUUGGGACAGGAGCAGACGAUCGUCCUCCCGGCGCAGGGGAUGAUCGAGUUCAGGGAUGCUUUGGUCCAGCUGAUCGAAGAGUAUGGCGAGGGGGACAUAGAGGACCGCCGGGGGGGAGGCGACGAGCCCCCGGAGCUCCCCGAGGGCACCUCCUUCCGAGUGGACAACAAGCGCUUCUACUUCGACGUGGGAUCCAACAGGUACGGCAUUUUCCUGAAGGUAAGUGAGGUGAGGCCGCCCUACCGUAACACCAUCACAGUUCCCUACAAAGCGUGGACACGGUUCGGGGAAAAUUUUAUCAAGUACGAAGAAGAGAUGAGGAGAAUUUACAACAGCCAUAAAGAAAAAAGAAUGGAUGCCAGAGGGGACAGUGGUGAAGAGCAAGAGGGUCUGGAAUAGAGUGCAUUGGACAAUUAACGAAACAAAACAAGCAGAAAUUGGUGAGAGGGACUGACCUUUAGUAAUUCCAAGUUGCCCCAAGUUUUUUGUAAAGUCCUUUUCUGGGAGUUCUUGCCAACUCCGGUACGUAGUGUUAUAGGAGUCUGGUUAUCACGUUAAAUUACACCCAAAACAUCUCCGUAUGUCUUAGGAAAGGACCAACCUCCCGAGUCCGUAUGAGUCAGCUGCUUCGAGUGUUGAAGACUAUGGAAGUUCGCGUAUCAGCACAAACAAAAUCCGGCACUCUGACCUUUAAAUAGUCUAGAUAAGGCUUGUGUUGCACUUAAACAUGAUACAAAAGUACCCCCACCCCAAACCUUAAGAUGAAACGUAUCACUUUCUGCUUAUCACGGGUUUUCCUGGACUGGCUUCUGCCCGUACUCAGUCCAAAGGCUGAGCAGUGCCUCUGUAGGGCAUUCACGGCCAAAAUCAAACCCACAUGAAUUGCUGGUCUGUGUGAGGAGGGGGAGAGAGGUUUUAAAAUUGGCAUCUGCUGGUUAUUGGAUGGGAGAAACAACAGUCUGUGUGGGUAAAACCUCGAUAACCAGUCAGACCUUGGUCACGUGCUGGUGAAGGGCAGAAGAUUUGUUACUCAUUCCGUAGUUUUGUGCUGACUGGAUAACCUGAGUCUCCCGGGAUAGCAGAGCUCUGCUCGAGCGCUAAGCCUUCUGAAUUAGUGGCAAUGAAUAAUAACCCACUCCUCAUCUCUGUGUUCUGCCCGUGUGAGGCUGGCCGAUUUUUUUUUUAAUUAUUAUUAUUAUUAUUAUUAUUUUUAAUGCGUUUUGUCCAAAAUUUCAGGAGGUAUUUUUGUACGAGGUGUGUUACGGGUUCCAGCAGGCGACUGUGGAGCGGGUGUGGGGAGGUGGAGGGAACGCUUCUCUCCCGAGCGUGAGAUUAAUGCAGUCAUGAUGUUACCUGUGCCAGGAAAACACCCUGGGUGUGAGAAAGACCUCUUGGGGGGGGGUUUGGUGCACCAUUGCAUUCAUAGGCAAAGGCAUCUCUGUCAUGAUCGCCCAUGGCGCGUUUCGGAAGCCGUGGUGGACGCCACGUCGGGUUUUCUGUCCUGUCGAUUUUCCAGGUGUUGUCGUUAGGAGGUGAUAUCCAUGCCCUGCCAUCACUCCCCUUUCCCACCCGCUGGGAGCUGGAGCUGCCAUUGAGCAGUUCCAGUCCAGUGUGGGUGUCGCCCCGCUGGAGCCUUUGUGACGUCAAGUUUUGCAUCUCACGAUAUCGACUCUCUGCCUGGAGGGAAAAUGGGUGCAAUUACCCGGCUGGGAGGUUGAUGAAAGAUUUUGUUGUUUCUUAAAACGUGAAUAAUUUAUAAUGUUAAGGGGCUUGUCCACCAUUUGGGUGACCAGCUCCUUCCCCUGGAACCAGCGGGAGUUUGAUUGAGCUCCAGGUACUUCCAGUAGCGUGCUGCUCACCUUUAAGCAUGUUUGAAAUAGGCAUUUCCAUGUCUAAUGAGAAAUUUAUAAUCAUUCGGAUCGUUUAAUUACAGAGUGGCCGAGUGUGCACGUGGGACCAGCUAUUUUUUCAUGCAGCCAUUACAUGUUUUAUUUUUUAAUCUUUUGAGAAACGUAUUUAUUUCCAACCAGGCCAUUCACCGCUCCGAGUCUGGACCCACCUGCAUGACCACACUCAAUCCAAAUGCUGUUGCCUGUUAACGUCAUAAUGAGAAAGGUUGGGGAGGCAGGGCUGGGAACCAAGAGGAUAAUCUGGACUUUAGUUUGGGUACUAAAACUGGUUGAUCUGUUUUAACUUGGGAAAAAAAAAAUAAAAAAAAAAAAUAAAAAAAAAAUAAAAGCUUGCACCAAAGUCACCAAAGAACCUUUAGGAAAAUGUUACGGUUGUGACAAGUAAGAAAGUUAAUUUCACUGUUUUAGGUGAUUCCCCCUUUGAAACCACAUAUAGCAGUUACAGCAACCAAGCCUUUGGCUUAGUGUCAAAAACUCCCAUCCCUUUCUCCAUAGAUUGCUCUUUCAGGUCCUCUUUCAAACCUGGAGGACAUGUUUUUGCUCCAUCACUUGAACCGCCCGCGGACCGUGAUGAAUCAGCAGGGGUUGUACGGGGUGCUGGUUCAUCAUCGCUCUCAUGGCUUUGGUCCUAAUGGUUUUAACAGGUCAAUUAAAACAAACAAACAAACAAACAAAAAACACAAACCCCAACAUUAAAAUAACUCUACAUCCUGUCAUUGGUGUGAAACCAGAACUUAGUGAAUGAGUUGUUAGCGUAUCGCUGACUGCUGCUGCCCGUCACAGUGCCUGAGGUAAAAAAUUCCCUUCUAGUCCAACAAGCCGGAGCUAUGAAUGUACAAACUUUUUACGCUCUCCUUCCCGUUUCUACGUGGCUCGACAUCUCCCCAUCCCUGCCUACCUUUGCCUCAAGGGAUCGUAAAAGCUCCUGCGUUGGAAUUAGUGACCGAGUGACCACGUGUGUUGUAAGUGAUCAUGCCUUCCCCUGUGUUCCUGUAGUGUUGGUGAGGAAAUUACUCGUCAUUGGAAAGGGAUGUUUUCUUCACCGUUUUAAAAGGAAAAAAGGAUGCAAAAUGGCUUUCCUUAUAGCUGCCCAUUUUUUAAAAAAAACCCCUUUAUCUUUUGUUGAUUAAUUGGCCUUCUGAUGUCAUUAGUUUGUUAUAAAUAUCACCCAGGAAUCCAACGUCUACUGGCUGCCGGGCUGGGCUCGGUUCUGGCACGCAGGUAUCCCGUAGGAUCCGCUAAUGCAUUUACUCCCCUGGCAUGGGGUGCACCUUAGUAUCCAAACCUGGAUCGGGAUCUUGACGUUCACUGCCGAUCACCCCUGGGCAGACCAGUAGCUACGGGUUUCCACCGCGACGGAAAGAACUGGUGUUUGCAGGUGUUGGGUUGGAGAGUAAUGGGUUUCCACGUGAUGGGAAGCACCGGUGUUUGUUGGGUGGGAGGGUUAAUAUGGACGCGCUGCAAGUGCAGCAAUGCAAGUCUUGAACGGUGAGAUUCGGAAACGGGUUCCUUUGUGUUUUUGGCAGCGCGUCUCCGGCUUCCGAGCGCGGUGGCAGCAUGGGCUGCUGGUGUGCAGGAGGGCCCAGCGAGGUGCUCGGGAGCACCAGAUCCCUGAUGCGUUUUAAAUGUUUGUUCCCAACACCCCGAAACUGCCAUGUCCCUUAAACUUGAGAAAAACACAAGCUUAUUUGCACUAGAAAGAACGGCCAAAAACAAUCCUUAUAGGAGGACAGGGUGAAGAGCACCGGUCUGAACCUCUUUUUCUCAUGAGAGAAUUUCCUACUCAAGCCCUCACCUCUGUUUCAAAAUUGUAUGGUCCCGGCAGAAAGUCUGUCAGUUGAAUGAUUAAAUCCUAAUGCACUUUAUAUUGUGUAAAUAAUAUUAGGAGCACAUUUCUGCUCCCGCUCUGGUAAGGGGAUGCUUUGAUAACAUAGUCUAAUGCUGAGAGAAGCUGUCUCCUGCAUGCAUGUGUCUGUUAGAGACCUGUUGCACCUGCUCGGUCCAGCUCCCCUCGUAUGUUAGAGGAGGACAGGCGCUGUAUUGAGGAUCCUCUCAAGCCACCCCGGGUGGGAUGAUUUGGUUUUUUGAGUUGCAAUGUGCAGAGCUGCUGAGCGUCCUCAGCUCUGCCGUCGUGGUGGGCUCCUCGCCCCUUCUGCAGAUCGGGCCCCCUGUGUUGCUGUCGAGGCUUAAAACCGGGCUUUUCACGUGUAGUCUUGACAAAGCCAAGUCCAGCAUCUCCCUCAUUCUUGGCUUUCCCCGCUGCUGGCGCAGAAGGUGGGGCAGUCCCUAAAAAGCUUAUCCCAGGUGGAAGGGGCUGUGGGGACUUUCCCUCGCCUUUCAGCUGGGGGGGGGGAUGUUGUGUUGAGUCCGGCCCAUCGAUCCGGCUUCCUUGGGAAAGUACAGAGCUGUGGAAGGGUUGGGAAGCGUUUUGCACUGGUGUGGUGAGGGCGGCCCGCCGGGCGCUCCGAGGGGAUGGCAGACCCCAGCCUCAGGGGCUCCUGGCGUGGAGCCUGGACGAUGGACUUUACCCAGCGAGAAGCUGCAGCGGUUAUUGGUAUCUACUCGUCGUCGUAAGUGUUUCUUAUCUGUAUCCAAUAUAUACCAAUCCAUAUUCACAUAUAGGCAUUACUAUAUUUAUGUGACUAUAUUGUAGCCUGUAGUAGCUCGUAGCGAAAUAAUCUUAUUUAUCUGAAGCGCGCAGUCUGAGGAGGGGACGUCUGCUCCCGCCACCGGUCUGGAGAAACGUGUUGGUUCACCCAGAGCAGGCUGGGAGCUCUUGGUCGUGGCCCUCGUGAGCAUCCCUUAGGUUUUCAGCAAGGCUGAAAGGGAAAACACAGUCAAAAGGAGGCAAAACUCUUCCUUGGAGGCGUCGUUGAGGCGAGGUGAGAGCUGUGCGGAAGAGGCAGCUGCAGGUACUCCUGGCCACAUUGUGUUUCCAUGCCAUUUUACAAGCCCUGGUUCUGCAGAUCUGUACUGCCACGUUCAUAAAAUCCCGAGCAGAAGUAUUAAAAUCCCAUCCUUUAUACAAAAAAACCCCCAAGCAAUUACCAAAAUCAAUGUCAGCACAUUUGUUUUUUCAGCUACAGAUGUCAUAGUCUGGUAAUUGCAUCAUUUUUUUUUCCCUGUGGCCUAUUGCAGUGCCCUAAACUCCCAGGGAAGGGAGUUGGUGGUGGUUAGGAAGCCUAGUGCUUGCGUGACUUGCAGUCCUGUUAUCCAAUCCUAGUAAUUUUUAUAGCAGAAAAAGGUUUAUUGUUGUGUAUUUUUAUUGGGCAGAUUUUGCACCAGGUCAAAAAUUACUUAAUAAGUGAUUUCAAUUCCAUGGCAUUCCCUCUUUUGCUGUACAUACAGUAGAUAUAUACAGUUUAUGAAAGAGUUCCUAAAGAGAAUUAGACCUUCUGUUUAAUUUUCUAUGCUGCUUCCUCCAAAAUUAAAUUGCCCUUUAUUUUCAAUUACUUAACGUGUUGUGCUGUUUAAAAUUCACCUUUCCCCUCCUACCCCUCCAUUCCUUUCAAGUAAAGGUUGUGCUUGAAAUGAAGAGUUUAUUCAAGUGAGAGUGGAAUUAAAGGCUACACCAUAAGCUAUACCGAGGCUGUUACCUCAGAGCCUUUACCAAAAUGUGUUGGUUUGGGGUGAUCCAGUCUUGCCUAAAAAUGGCUGAAUUCUGUCAUGACCACAGGAAAAAGGCCCCCGGCUAGGGGACAAGGUGCUUCUGGACUUGGGUGAUUUGGAAGAAGCUAAAACCAGAUCUUCUGCUGCUCUGUUUCUCCCAAAUCUGCAGAUGGGCUGACUCCAUUUUUUCUUCCUAAUAUUUUGUCCGCCCAUGUUCAGUUCCCCACCUGCACCUCCAUAAAGGCAACGGUAUUCUAAAGCAUCGAGGUGAAAUAAAAUACCAAGAACUCCUGAUAGAUGACACGGAUUGAAAAUUGGUUUUCCUGAAAUGUCAGGGCAUAAAUUGAGGUUUUAUAAGCCGGAUGUCGUUUUGGCAUUUCUGUGAUGGAUGUAAUUAGAUCGUUCCUUCCACAUGCCGAGGGAGGCAUCGCGCGGAACCUGAACCUGCAGCCCCAGGGCUCUCUCGCGUACAUGAUCUUCUAGAAAGGUGUAGGUACCUGCUGGUGUUCUCGUGUUGAGUGUGGUCGUGCUCAUACUGGCCUAGCCUCGAGGGGCCUGGCUGCCACCCCAGUAAAACCAUCAUUAACGACUCGCUAAUUCAUCUUCUUAAUUGCUAGGCUACCUCAAAACGCUUGGAGUGGCACGUGGGAAAUUGCUAACUCUGUACAGAGUAGCCACCGUAAAUUAGAAAAGGCAUAUUCCAUCUUUUAGGUGUUCCAGACCCAUCCUACAUGCUAGUAUUCAACUGGGGUGAGAUAAUGGCUCCUGCCUUGGCCAUGCAGGCAGUCAGAUGGAUUUCUGAGGCACAGGAAAUCCAUCCUGAAGGCAGAAGUUUGCGUCUGUUCCUUCGUCGCUGAUCGUUUGCCGCGCGGAGAUUAAUUGGAGGCAAAGAUCACCCUCGGUGCUGGGUGCUGGCAGCCGGCUGAAGCCAGGAGGCUCUGUGCCCGGCCCCACUCAGCGCUGCACUGACAGGACACCUCUGAGUUCACAUGUGGGAGGCAAGGGAGAGAGGAAUAUUAUAUACAUAUAUAUGCAUAGUCAUGUUUCCCCUGUUUCCAGGAGGUCCUUCCUUUUGAGACGUUAAAAUGUUAUCCGUCGUCUUUGCCGUUUCCCGUGUCGGGGACGUUCAACGUGCAAUAGGAGCAGGGAGGUGGAUUUCCCAAGCAAUAGCAGCAUAAUCUACUACUACCCUUAAAUCUUUACGCUGCAAAUCGUGUGCAAUAGAAUCUGCAUUUCAAAACAGCAGAGAGUAUGUGGGAUAAAAGACACGGGUUAACCCCAGGCUCUUACAAGUAUUCCCAUCUGGUCCUUGUUCGGAGCACAUGUUGUUGGCACAAUGCUGAGGGAGAGGGGGAGUAAGAGCUUCCCACCGAGGUAGAGGAACGAAAAGGCAGGAGGGGGUGGAAGGAAGUGAGGACAAGAUCCGUGCUCCAGGGAAUCACAGAGCAUGACGAGUUUUAUCUGUAGUAGGAGGAACAGGCGGCACCGUCAGCGCUGGAGUUCCGUGGAGCUGGGGAAGGAGGCAGAGAGCCUGGAUGCUCCACUCGGGGACCAGGGUGGUUCUCUUGGGCCAGUUCUCCUUCCUCUUUGGGAACAGUACCAUGCUCUGCAAGUGUCUAAUCUUGCCAACAAACCCAUCGGGGCUAAGUGUGUCUGAUGGAUGGAGUGUCUGCUUUUCCAGCUUGCUUUUUAAGACUCGAGUAGCUUGGCUCUUACCGAGCUGGGAGGCUUGCCCAGGAAUACCUGCAGAGGCUUAGGGGAGCACACAAGUGUUGGUGACCUCUUAAGGUUUGCUCAUGCCAUCCCAAUUUAUGGAUACUUUUGUGUGCUUUUCACUGGAGCCUUGCUCCGGGAGCCAGCUGAGUGAUGGAGUGUUGUGUUAUCGAUGGGGCAGCUGCUCUUUUCCAUUGCAAAGGAAAGGUGUUGGUGAAGGCUGGAGGGGAUCAGAGGGAAAGAAAGCAGCUUUCAAGGAGCAAUUUCUGUGAGCCUGUCUUUGCAGAAGGGUUGUGUCAUUUCUAACAAGACUCCGCAGAUGAUCACCACUUGUAUUGCCUUUGUUUACCUGAGCACCGCUCGGUGUUAACAGCUGUUGAAAGCUGUGCUUUGAAACAGUGAAGUGCUGGAAUAAUUGUGAGGGCUCUGGAAAAGCUGUCAGUGUCUCAAGCUGGGCCUCCUGAUAAUGGAGACAGGAUCACUUUGGCUUUAUCCUGCCUGUGCCUAUGUUCCCCACCGCUAAAAUGGGGUGAAUGAUACCUCCCUACCUCAAAGGGGUGUGAGAAAGAGGAGUUUGUUUGGCGUCAGAGUUUUUGUGGUGAUCUGAUGCUGACCAAUACUGAUGAUCACCAAGAGCAGAAAAGGGAGAAAUUUCUUGUGAAAUGGAGUGUUUGGAAGAUUUGGAACAUACCUGACUCCAAACUUAAAUUUGCAAGGGUGCCUCUAACGGUCCACUUCAGGGCCCACACAGCAAAAAGCAUUCUUAUUUUUCCCAAGUUGAACAACCUGGCAAAAAUCUGCUCUUUCAGAUCUCCCACGGUGGAUAUUCCCAGCCUCCCUCCCCAAGCUGUUUCCCCCUGCUUCUUCUCAGAUACUUCUCAUGCUGUCCAGCCUGUGUGUCCCUUCCUUCCAUUUAAUUCUGUCGCUUUUUGCCUUACAGGCCGUGCUCUCCGGAGGAGAUAUGGAAACAGUUUAUUUUCUUCCCUGCUGCAGCUUUUAUAUAUAAUUAAAGGCUGUUGUCAGGUCUCUUCUGCACCCUUUCCUAAGGAAAUACAAAGCCUUCCACCAAGGGUAAUUUUUAGCCCUCAUCAUGUACUUGUUGCUUUCUGAUGAGUCCGUUUAAACACAAAUGGAAGGAAAGCAUCAAGCAGCAAUAUAAGCUCCCUGUGCCAACAUGUUUGGAAAUACAGGUUUUCCCUUGUGUUCCUAACUCUCCAAGGAUUGUGUGUUCUUAUCAUAUGAAUAGUCAUAGAAGUAUUUGCAUGAACUUCUCCUUACUAGCAUUUUCAUUGCAAGGAGAUCUGAGAGUUUUGUGUAGGUCUAACUAGAGAGAAUUUCCUCCAGGUUCUCACUCCACUCUGUCUCCCCUCUACACGUAUAUCCCAGUGCCUUCCAGAAGGGCAUUUAAGCAUAUGACCAACAUCUGUCAAGCAGCUACUCCUUCCCUCCUCUUCCUGGGGAAAAGACUGAAUGCGCCAAUUCAGCCCUGGUAUUUUUAACAUAAAUUAAUUAUCCCUGCUGUUCCAUGUUAGCAGUGUAAAGGGUGAGCUGGAGCACGCUGUGUGCUGGCAGCAGCACACCCCAGCAGCUUCACAGCAUGAGAGCAAACCAGAGGGCUCACAGGGAGCAAAGCCUGGCUUUGGCAUGGCUCCCACCGCUUCCCUCGGCAACUGGUGUUGAACAGGAGCUGUUUUUUCUCUUCAAGUUCCCCCUUGGACCUGUUGCUGCUUUGCAAAUUGUCGUUUUUGCUUGGAGCAUGGAGGAGUUUCCUGUGCUGCUGCCUGGUUGGGAAGUACCCGAUAUUAAAAAGAGAGUCUCUCCUCUGGGAAGCUGGCAGGGGGAAUCUAAGGCCAGAGACCUUAUGUGCAGGCAGAGAGGUGAUGGAGCAGUGCUCUGGGGUAAAUGAAACUCAGUGUGCAGCCAACAGAUGUAUUUCUGUUUGGGUUGCCUCCACGAUAGCUGCUUUUUCUUUCCUUCCAGAUGUUUGAACACUCCCAAGAUCUCCAUAGUGCUGCUUAGAACAGAUAUUUGUGAGGGAACUGAGCUGCCUCCAAGGACAGUCUCUUUGCUGAGACUCCAGUGAGCACAGCAAAGUGUUUGGGAAGUGGAGCAUUGUGCUGGUGGCACUUUUAAAAGAGUUUUUCCCAGGUGGAUGUCUCAGCAGGGAUGAGCAGAGGCCACUGACAGCCAAGAGCAGAGGGCAAGGAUUUGAUUCUCAGUUCUUGGCAGUGGGACUUAUCCUAGGUCCAACAACUCAGUUACUGUGCACACCGCUGUAGUAAGCGAUGAAGUUUUUUAAUUUAAGCAUUUUUAAUAAUACCCCCAUCCUGGUAAAAUUAGGGAAAGAGUUUUUUGGCUCAAAUGUUUUACUUGGAAGCUGAGAAUAGGCACGGUGUUUCACAAGGUGAACCAAACCUCUGUGCAUCUUACCUCAGAGCGUAUCCUUUAAAGUGGCAUUUUAUUUCUUGCUCCAUCUGGUUGCAAAAGAUCAAGGUCACCAAAGCAGAAACCCCUGUAGGUAUUUAUAUGGCUCAGUGCAUAGGGACAUUUUCCUCUCACUUUGCUGGCAGGGCCCAGUCCUGGUUGUGCUUUUCUUCUUCCCAUUUGGACCACUAAGAGUAUUUAUCAGUCCUAUUCAUGUCUUGUGGGUGACCUGGCUUAAGAGCCCUAAAUUUGUUUUUCUCCUUAGAAGUUCAGCACCUUUUAUUAAGCCUUACUCUGGAAACGUUGUGCAAAACCCAAAUGUGCCUCGGUUCCCUCCCUCCCCAUGUGUUUUCCAACUACUGCAGCCGAUGUAGGACAAAAAGAUGUGGAGCUGGUUAUAUUUUUCCCAGGCAGUUCUUUUCCUCUGUGUCUGUUUUGGUAUGAUUUGGCCUUAACCAUUCCAGGGAUGCUGUUCUGCAGCUCUCACCUGCUUCUGCAGCCCUUGCAAGGACAGCGGGGCUCUGGCUGAUGUUAACUCUAGGCUGGGGCAGGUUCUUGGGGUAAUGCUGCAGCAAAGGGGGAGUUGUUUAACCAUCCCCUCCGUGAUGGUUCCCAUGUGGAGUAGGGAACCAGUUACCUGGGGCAGAUUUGAUCAUGUGCUGCUUCCUCUGAGCAGCCAGCACGCACCAUGUCGCUUGUAGACAGUGUCUGACAGGUUCCCCAGGGAUGAGCUUUACUGCAUCUGCUGCAAGUGUUGCUCUGAGCUGAGGCUCUUCCUCCUCACCGGGGCUCCAUGCCAUGCCUGGAUCCUUUGUUACAUGUAACCUUAAUUUUGUUUCUCUGAAGGUUGCCAGGAUUUCCUCCUCCCCGGGGCAUUUAAAUGGGGUGCAGAGCAAUUAGAGUCACUUUUCUCGGAGUGUGUAACAGCAGGGUGCUUCCAUAUCAGUUUGGGAAUCGACCCAGGGGUUUGAUGUGGGUUGCUAAAUUCAGGCCUGUGGGAUGAGCAUGCCCACAGCAAAGUGUGUAUGAAGAUGUGGAGAUAAGAGCUGUGCCUCUGCCAAGCUCCUGUCUGCUCUCUUACACUCCUGUACUGACUCUGGUUGCUGCAGUGGGAGCCACCAAGACCAGGGACCACCAGAGCCUGCCUGUGGCACCUGGGUCAAAGUGGCAGCAGAGACCUGAGCCAGGCAAGGGACCUUCACCCACAGGUAUCGUGUGUCACGGUACAACUCAAAGGGAAGGAAUCCACAGCUUUAUCCUGGAUUCUGCAGCAGCCCAGCUAUUUCAUCCUUCCUUUUCUGCCUCAUGGGACUUUUAGCUCUUGCCUGGUGCAUCCGCUCUGGAGAGCAUAUGGACAUGUCUGUCCGGGGAUCGGCGUGUGCCAGCACACAGUCUGCACGUAAUCCUGCUGCAUCCAUAACAGCAUUUAUUGCUUAUGUCAGCACAGCCAUCCCUCAGUGCUGCCAGGGGUAACCCUUUGAGGUAACAAGCGAUAAGUUCCUUCUAGCUGUCUUAUUAAAAAAAUAAUUAAAAAAAAAGAAGAAGGAGGUGCUGGAACAUUUUCACGGAUGCUGCCAGCUUUUAACUGUGGGUUACCUUGGUGAAGGCAUAUUACAGAGACUUUUCUUUUAAGAACAGCUUAAAAUUGUCUGUUUGGCAGUGCGUGCUUUGUGCUGGUAUGUGUGAAACUGCAAGAAAACCCCCAAUCCAGAGCGUGAGGCAGAGGUGGUGCCCAUUUGCUCCUCUCUGCAGCACCAAACUGCAGUUUAACCUGUUGCUUUUCUCACCUCUUUCCUGCUCUUAGGAGACACCCUCUACAGUUGGGAUAACCUCCCCAAAGCUCCCUUCUCAGGCUUCCCACGGAGGGAAGUUCAUCCUCCUUCUCCACACUGCAGCCCCUGAGCUGUUGCAAUAAACCCUUGAGGUGCUCUCUCAGAACCCAUACCGGUCUCUUCCCCUCGGUGAGGCUGAAGAUUCUGUGCAAAACAGAACAAGCAAGAGGCCAAGUCAUGGGGAGUUUUCACUUGUCUCAGCCUAAACACCAGCCUCCUCCAGGCUUUCAGUCUUCCAGGAGCUUCCCAUCUUUCUAGCCAAGUGGUUUGUUUGCUAGAAGAAGAAAAAUUGGUAGUUCUGUGCUAGCAGUAGCUGGAGUCCUCUUUCACUAGUGAAGGCAUUUUCUCCUUUGAAUUUUGUUUGAAUGCAGAAACUAUUGUGAAAUGAGAGCUGUAAUACUGGGAAAGGGGAGAUCAGAGCAUUCCUCUGGAUAGGGUUUGAUGCAAUUUGAAGCUGCUUGUGGAAGAUUGGCUGGAAGGUAAACUGAUUUGGGCUAAAAAAGCUGGUGCUGUUAAACCGUAUAAGUGACUCUUUAGUGGAUGGUCCAAAAUAGCUUUUUUAUGGCCUCUGACCUCUAGGAAAGAUAACUGGAUUUUUGAUCUUAGAUUGAAGGGGCAAUUUCUGCUGAAAGAAACUUGUGUUCUUUAGAAACCAUCUCAGGCUGGCAUUUACUGUCAAAAACAUUGCAUGGAAACAGACAGAAAACAAACCAAAAAAUCACACAUGUGAGUCAAGCCCAGGUGAGCCUUGCACUGUCCCUGAAUCCGGGAUAGAUCCUGGUUGUCAUCCACCUUUCUGCCUUCAUGGCCACCAAAAUUUCCCGUAGACACCCGUGUGGGUGUGAUUAGACAGGAGCUCCUGUUUUUGCAGCAUCCUGCUUUGCACCUGGGCUCGAUCCGUUGGCUGUAGAGGUGUUGUGCCCCCCAAGGAAAAGCACUCCCCUCCGAUGUUCCUGUGUUGUGUCGGAGCCACGGCGCCCGUACCAGGUGGGAGACGCUGAGGCGGGUGUUGAGUUGGUUUUUCAGAGCAGUGCUUGGUUGCCAGCUGUUGUCUGGGAUGCUGUGGCUUUUGGUACAGCUGGAAAAAAAAAAAAAAA